AUGCCCCGCAAAGAAUUCGGAGUACCUACCCGCUCCAAGCCGCAGAAACAACCUGGCGUACUCUCGUGGAAGACGGAGACACGUCUGAACAAAAAAGGUGUCAAGGUGGACGUGUUGGUCACGAUGGAAGACGGCGAGCCCGUGGACUUCUACGUUUUUAAACCUCGCAAAGCGAAGACGGCGCGCUCAGCAAAGGAAUCUCUUCUAAACCCGACCAGGAAGCCAACGGCGGCGACCUCGGCCGAAGCAAAGAAAACGGCAGGCGCCUGCGAAGUUGGGGAGGGCUCCAGCGGGCCUAUCACUAUGCUUGCGCAGACAAAGGGAGGCUGUCAGGUUCACGAGGAAGCAACCAGCGCGAAGUAG